UUUAUUCACGUCCCCACCUCCCUUUUCUGGAUGAAGCCGUUUGACAAUUUUUUUAAAUUAUUUGAAUCUUCUAUGACGCGCCUUGACAUGAUUUAAAACGACAAAAGUCUUUAUUUUGUUGUGUGUGUGUGAAACCCAAGUGGCUUUUACGCGUCCACUUGACGGCGCGUCAGAUCUGGACUUGGAGACGCGCUGUUUUCAAUGGAUACAUCCCAAGGUCUUCCACGUGGAGAAGGUUGUGAAGAGAUUUGCUGAAGUCCGAAGUGACUCUUCUUCCUGGCCCCGAUGAUGACAGAGAAUAAUGAGAUGGAGAGCGACACGCAGCUUCAGCGCUCUCCCAGCACCGUGCCCAUCCAGCCCGUGUCGUCCAAGCUCCAGCGACUGAAGCGCUCAUUGUCCUUCAAGACCAUCAUGCGCAGUAAAAGCGUGGAGAACUUCUUCCAAAGAUCCUACAGCGACGCACGCCUCCCCUCCGACUUCAUCACAGACCCUCCGCCUCCGUCUCCUCCUCUGUUGCCGAGUUCGCCUCUGGUCGGGGAGCACUCGCCGUCCAUGUCUCCGUCCAUCAGUCCCAACCCGUCCAUCUCAUCCCACUCUCCCUCCUUAAGCCUCUCCCCCUCGCUGCCCGUCAAACCUCAGAUCACCCACUAUUUCCAAGACCAUGUCUUUCGCAAGCCCACCAACUGCCAGCACUGCAAGCACAUGAUAGUGGGUAACUCAAAGCAAGCGCUACGAUGCAAAACCUGCAAGAUGGCAGCCCACCUGUGGUGCACUUCGGAGGUGUCGCAGCAGCCGUGUCACGGAAAGUCUGGCGCAUUCAAGCGAAACUUCAGCUCGCCGAUGUUAGUCACCGACCAGCUGGCGGUCGUCAAGGAAGUUCCGCCAAGCCAAGUAAAAAGCAGGAGUCCAUCUCACCCGCCAACAUGGAGCAGGAAGCGGAAAAAGAUAAAGAGGAGGAACAGCUCACAACCUGAAAAGGCUGUGCGGACUCGUGUAGACCCUGUGUACGCUGCCUUGCGUUUCGGGACGUCCUUGGCACAGAUGAGCCGCUCCAGUUUUGGCAGUUUGUCAGAGUCGCCAACACGCAGCCUGGGGGAAGGGGGUGAUGAGAGACAGCAGAGACAGAGCAGCAUGGAGGAGGAGAUCUCUCAGGAGGCAGGGGGUAAACGUGCAUACGCCCCUGUCCCCGAUGCUGAGGCGGAGAAGGAGGAGGAGGAGGUGGAGGUGGAGGAAGUCAGUGGUGGCCAAGCAGAGACGACCGUGGAGGUGCCCAAGCGCAUUGAAGUCCACUCCAUCCAUACCUACGUAGCGCUGUACAAGUUCCUCCCUCAGGAACACAAUGACCUGGAACUUCAUCCGGGCGACCGGGUCCAGGUCACCGACGACUCCAACGAAGAGUGGUGGAAGGGUAAAUGCGGUGACAAGGUGGGAUUCUUCCCGUCGAACUUUGUUCAGAGGGUCCGUCCUGGAGAGCGCGUCUGGCGGGUUAUUCAGGGUAACCCUGGCAACCGCGAGCGAGGACACAUGGCUGUGAGGGAGUCCCAGAUCUGCGUGGGGAAGCGGGAAGAAGGCGAGGCGUUUCUAAGACUGAGCAGUGGGAAGAAGAGAGGCCUGGUUGCCGCCGACUCUAUAGAGGAGAUCUGAGUGCCCCAGCUUCAUUGGCGGGUUCGGACGCACCAGCACUCAAAUCAGACUUUUUUUUUUUUGCUUCAGAAAUGGACAUCAAACAAUCUUGCUUUUUUAACAGACAAAAUUCCCUGAAUCCACGUUGAACUUUUCUCAUGUUCCAAAGUGAACAGUGAUUCUACAUGCUGCGGUUUAUCAGAGCCAAUUGAAGUACUCGAAGACAGGACAUUUUUGAAACUACUCCUGCGCUGGCAUGGCACACGUGGCAUCAUGGAGAGGAAGGAAGUGUCCGCCUGUGGAGAAGAAGAGACAUAGCGGUUGAAAGUGUGAACACAAGCAAAAGGAGUUCAAUGGGCGUUAGCUCUCAGUGAUAUUUCUACAGUGAAAGCCCUCAAAAGGAGAGAAAGAUGUGAGGAUCUGCUGCACAAUGGUGAUGAAAGUGAGUGGAUAUAAGGGAUCUGUUUUCUUUUCAUGUCUUUGAGGUGAGCUUAAAUCUCUGUAACUCUAUUCUUUGAGUGAAUUCUGGCAUUGAGGAAGCCGAAAAUUCUGGGGAGGCUGUAGACCGAAGCAAAAACAAUGUCCCCACAAACGUUUUUUUCAGUCCAUGAGCAACCUUUGAGUUUGAUUUUGGGCAGUGAAAAGAAAGCGAGAACAGCAGGCGCACGGACUGUGCAUGACGAAUCGGGACGCGGUAAACACCGGCCGAUUUCAGAGAAAAGUGGACAAGAUUGGAAGACUUCUUCCUGACGUGCAGCACAUCAAAACCUCAUUUUCUGAGGACGACUGCAGCGGCAAGCAUAUGCAGUAUUCUUAGAGCAAAACAAACAGCCUUAAUUCUCCACGCUGGUUAGUUGGUGUUAGCAGAAUCACACAGUGAGAGGCAGCGAGCUAUGAAGAGCCACAAAUUUCAACAAGCAGAUCCACUUAUAUUAGCAGCAGAAUGGUCUUUCUUUUCACAACUUGAAGCAUCAUUUUGACCUCUGGAGUUUGAGUGGACUCCCCGUCAUGAUUUUAUCUCUCUCACAAGUUUCCGUUGAACAAGCAGGUGACGCUUUUUUCAUUGAUCUGAAACUCAAAAUAGACACUUCUUGGAUGUGUGACUUGAGCCACAGGCCAGGGAGUUGGAGGAGCUCAUUCUUAAAGCCAUAAAAUCUGUCACGCUGCAUGUCAAACCUUCAGAGAGACAGUUUUACUGGAAAAGCUCUCAGAGAAACUCUUAGAAUAAAUAGACAAUAGUGUACAUAAACAUAUACAGGACAUGGAUGCCUUUACCAAAGAGAGCUGAGCCAGAAGGCAAUGCUCUCGAUCCUCGUCCCAACCCUCACCAUUGGUCAUGAGCUUUAGUCAUGACAGAAAGAAUGAGAUGUUGAAUAUAAGUGGUUGAAAUGAGUUUUCUCCGACGGGUGGCAGGCGCCUCUCGUAGAGAUAGACCUUAGAGGUAGAGUGAGGAGUUCUUUCACGAGUAGAGCCACGUUAGAAGGAGCCAGAUGAGGUGGCUUGGGCAUCUCAUGAGAAUGCUCCCUGGGCAGCUGGCAGAAGUUUGGCAAGACCUAUUGAAGCUUCUGCACCAGCUAAGCGGACUAGGAAAGAUGGCUGCUGUACAGGAAGUGAGUCCAGCGGACGGGUCACUUGCAAUGCCCUUGACAUUUCCUGAAAGUUUUAUCAAAAUCCAUUAUGAAUAUUUGACAGAUGAAUGCAGAUGAUAAGCACUCCCUAUACGUUCUCACUAUACGUACUGCCUGGGUGGUCAAUUCGAAGUUUUGAGAGUAGCACUCCUUUAUCAAGUCACAACUGUCUGACUAAGAAGAUCGUGGUAGUCAAUAGAAACCAGUUUUAUUAAGUGCAAAAAUCACAAAUAAUGGAUUCCUUUUCCUGAACAGAUGAAAACUGUUUCUUAUAAUAAGUUCAGAAGCCAAUUCUUCACGCCAUCUGCUUCAGGCUGAGAGGCGAGAACAGGAGUCACCAUCCUUUGUACCUACAUUCCCCAGAAUUUCUCUAGACUCUGUUUGUUCCGUUGCAAUGCCACUGUCUUUGUAAAACAGAUUGACUUGAAGUGGCGAGUCGAGGAGUUGAUUCCAAAGAGUCCAGAGGUGGAGAGGGAGGAUUGUUGAGGACAAAUGAUUUGCCAGCAGGCACCGAGCGCGUGAGCGUCUUAAGUAGAUAAUAAACUUGUGGGUGAUUUGUCAUGAUCACCUGAUCCCCUGAAGUGUUGCUGCCAAUAGAUUCUAAUGUAUAACUUGCAACUUGCCUUCCUCUAAUUUACAUUUAGAGCAGAUCAAAAAGGGUGAUUCACUUGUGAGUGAUCACAAAAAUCUCCGCUGCUGUGUGAUGAAAUGAGAUUAAACAUUCUCCUUUAGUUGAGGGCUUGUUCGAGCUGUGAGCGAGUUUUGUGGCAUCACAUUGUGUUAAGCCUGAAAUGUUUGGGAACAGAGACUCAAAAUUGGCUCGACCCCCUUAAAGAUCGCGUCCACAACGGAUCCAUCACCGGUUCAUUAUUGAUUUGAUCGGCGUGACUCGUGUCGAAGUUCCUGCUGGGAGCGGUUGAAAGUGUGAUAAUCCACAGUGUCAUGUGUCGCCCGAGGAACGUAUUCAGAAAUGAAGGCCCAGGCAGCGACACAGGGCUUGUGUGCAUUAGCAGCUGGAAAACAAGGUCCUCAACACAACGCCCCGGUUGUUCCCUCCUGUUUUUAUGCUGCUUUCUCUCAGCGGCUGCAGUUUACACUGACAUUCAUUCAUAUCACCCUUAUCAUAUAUAUAUAAAAUUUCCUUACUUUUCUAUUUGUUUUGGCAGCUAAGGGGUUAAAAGCCCCUUAUACUUCUGUGAUGCUACAAGGAGUGACCUGUGACCCUCAAGCUUCAAUCUCUAGAGGCUUCCAAACCACUGAGAUCUGAAGUCAUUUUAAACAUUUGGUGCAAUUCGGUUUGCCUGGACUACUAAACGGUAUUAUUAAUGGUGGAACAGAUGGUGCUUGCAGACUCAGCUCAACUCCAGAUGUGUUCACUGACCUUCUAAAUGCCCGGAUCGACACAACAAUUCUAAUGCUGCCUCCCUAAAUGGCACAGCAGUCCAUCAGUCUGUACCGACUCUACAAACUGCAUCGCACGUCUGUCUUUGGCUCACACAUUGAGUGAACAUGGUGUGAACAUUUUCAGUCUGAAGCUUUUAGACUGAACACAUUAUUUACUUUUAAUUGCAAAAAAAAAAAAGGAUUUACUGAAUCACAUCUGCUGGAGUGGACGUGUCCUUCUGACAUGACAUUAUUAUGAGUUGCCUGCAGAAAUGAACUCAUGUGAAUUGUACGUACAGUAUUGGGAGCAACCUUUUGGUCUUUCUGAUUUCAAAUAUACUGAUAUAUUUCUUUAUAAUCGUGGGGCAGAAGAGAAAUCUUUCACUGAAAUUUGUUCGAUUUCUUAGUGGAGAAGACCAUUGAGACCUGAUCUAACGCAUCGUGAAGGCAUUCAAAAUGACUCACUCUACUGCACAUCUUGUACAACAAUAUUUCAGUUGCACCACAGCAACACACUGAAACACAAGAGCAGGCCUCGGAAGCCUGCAGUCCGGGGGCCACAUGUGGCCCUUUGUUGUGCAUUAAUGUGGAAGAAAUCGGCGUCGAACACCUUUUAUUUUAUUGAUAUUCAAUAUUAUUUUUCAUGCAGUUAUUCACUGUUGUAUUUAAUAUAUUUCAUUUUUCAUAAAUUAAUAAAAUGCAUAAUUUAUUAAUGUAUAUUAGCAACAUGACACAUAUUUAUUGACUCAUGUUGCCAAGCUGUGUAUUAGGUCAUAUGAACUGCAAUAAUUGUAAAAAAAUAAAUCUUUAUUCCACAUCCAACACAUUCUUUUUUUAUUUUAAUCAUUACAUCAACUGACUGUUUAUUUCAAAAUAAAAAUUAUGACUUUUUUUUGUUUAUUUUCUUGCUUGAAUAUUAUGUAGCCCAGUGGGCACUUUAAUGUCCCACCGCUGGACACGUGUCACAGGGGGGAUGUGUUUCCUCUGACAUGUUUGUGAUCACACGUUGUAGGGAAUUUUGGGGGGGAAAAAAUGUGGGGAAGAAUGGCACUGAUGACGAUCCAUGCACCUGCGACCAGCAGCGCUCCUCAGAAAAGCACAUUCAAUACAAGUAAUUCAAUCAUAUAUGAAUCCCAAGGCGAGCAGGAAUAAAAUCUUGGUCGACGUCUGUCGCAGAACUGGGACGUUCCCUGAGGCAUGAGCGUUGUGGACAAGGUGUGAAACGCGAUCAGGCCACUGUGUUUACGUCUUCCGAGCAGAGCCUUUCUGUUUUGUCCUCUGCUUGCACAGAAAAAGCAACACUAGGGCGGAGGGGCGACAGUUAACAGUGAGCAAAGAGCAGCCACAGCGGGUGCUUUAGUGGAACCCAGAGUGUAAACCAUGGCCAGUGUGGCAGCACAAGGGGGCUGUUUCUCUGCCUGACAGCUCGGAGGAGGAGGAGGAGGUGGAUGAGUGGGAUUGAAUAAAAGGAGACUGAAGCCUGAUGAGUCAUUGUGAGCGUGCAGGUACUGCCGGACCCAUGGGGCUACUAGUCAUCAUCGAUCAAAUGUCGCCCGUCUUCUGCUCCGGUCAGUUAUUGAUGUAACCGGUCAGCUCUGACUUAAAGGGACUUUUUCUCCUCUCUGCGCAGUAGAUCAGACACGCCACCGUUUAAUAAGUUUGUGCGUCUCUCUUUGAAAGCGGGCCUUUGUUCUGUACGCACCCUCCUCCGCUCGUAGGAGAUGAGAAGUGUUGUCAUGAGGAACUUAGCAGCGGAGUGACGCCACCGCGGAUGAUGAAACCGCCAGACUCUUUUGUCGCACUUUCAGUCAAUGUGAAAGUCUGUACAGAACAUGAAGCGCACUUUAUUUCCAGACCCAUUUGAGGAUUUGUCGUGACUCUUUAGUUCGACUCCCAAGUAGCCCCAGGUGUGUCAAUCUUCAAGCCAUUGUUUCUCUUCUGUCGUUUUGUCGUGGUUGAGUUUUCUGA